AUGGAACCAGUCCAACCCCAGGUAUUCAGUCCAAGUCUGAAAAAAGUGCUUAAAAAUUACCAAACUGUGGCGAUGAGCACUUUACAAGGGCCGAGCGGAUUGCCAGCCCGAUGGAUAGACCAAGCCGUAAUCCCUACUUCACCCGACGACGAAUCAUAUAACAAGGGCCAGGGACUGGAAAUGAAAAAGACAACCGUAGAAAAGUAUUUAGAGGAGGCUAUUUUCCACCCUCCACCGUUCCCUAUUCAACAAAUUCCAGUUUUGACGCCGUUGGAUCAAUCGCGAAGUGAACGCAGCGAAACCAUAUUGGAAGGUGAGACCAUUUCGUGUUUUAUCGUCGGUGGAGAGAAACGGUUAUGUCUGCCACAGAUCCUGAAUAGUGUUUUAAGGGACUUUAGUUUACAACAGAUCAACUCUGUAUGUGACGAUCUUCAUAUAUAUUGUUCUCGCUGUAACCCAGAACAGCUAGAAGUGUUGAAAAUUAUGUCAAUUUUGCCGUUUAGCGCACCGUCGUGUGGACUGAUCACUAAAACUGAUUCCGAGCGGCUGUGCAACGCAUUGCUCCACACUGUCGCUGCUGACGAUAAAAUCGUCGAUAAACCUACGACUUCGGAGAACAGUUAUAAAGUUCACCACGAAUGUUUCGGCAAAUGUAAGGGCAUUUUCACCCCAGAACUGUACACUUCUUCACAUGCUAAGUGCAUCAUUUGCGUCGAUUGUCAGGGCAUGUUUACCCCGCAACGGUUUGUGUGCCAUGCACAUAAAUCUCUCGAAAACCGUACCUGUCAUUGGGGGUUCGACUCGGCUAACUGGAGAAGUUACUUGCUUCUUGCCAAAGACCAAGACAUCGAUAAAUAUCAGGAUGCGUUGGAGGAGAUGAAAGCCAAAUUCGAUUUCGUGGGACGCUACAAACGCAAACCG